CACACAUAAAAUUUUUCAUGAUACCUAAUAGAUAAUGAUAUAAUAUACACGACGCUUGCCUGUGAUUACUAGCAACAUAUUAGCAACUGAUAUUAAAUUUAAUAAAACUAAUUUAAUAUAAUAAAACUAAAUAGUUCAAUAAAGAACUAAUUUAUUUUUUGUGAUUUUAUAAAAUGGAAAAAAACAAAUCUAUUAUAAUACAAAAACAAGUAAAAGAUAAUGCACACGAUUUACAAACAGAAUUAUUAGCAAUGAAAAAUUGGGAAGAAAAGAUAAAACAAGCCGAAUUACAACUGAAACACAUGGAUUCUAAUCAUGCCCAAGUACUACCUCCUGUAAGGAAAAAAAAGAAUAAUACAAGAACGAAACUCAAAACUAAAGAAAAUGGAAGCAAAGCAAAAAGAAUUAAAUCGUAUGAUUAUUCAGCCUGGGAUCAUUAUGAUGCAGAGAAAGCAUGUGAAGAAAUAGACAAAGAAAAUGAAUCAGAGGAUUCAGGAGAGGAAAUUUUAAGUAAAGAAGAGUUAGAGCGCAAACACGAAGAAGCAACAACUCAUAAAGUUUUGGGAAAUAAUUAUGUUAAAGAACAAAAAUGGGACAAAGCUAUGGCAUGCUACAAUGAAGCAAUUAAAAUAUUUCCCUAUGAUGCUGUAUUUUAUGCUAAUAGAGCUCUAUGUCAUCUGAAAAUGGAUAAUUUAUAUUCAGCAGAAGCCGAUUGCACAUCAGCUAUUCAACGAGAUGAAUGCUAUCUUAAAGCAUAUCAUAGAAGAGCAACUGCUCGAAUGGCUUUAAAACAAUGUAAGGAAGCAGUUCAGGAUUUAAAAAAGCUUUUAAGUCUGGAACCGUCAAAUAAGGAAGCUCAAAAAAUGCUAUCAAUUGCCCUUAAGAGUUUACAUGAUUCUAAUACAGUGACUAUCAAUGGUGUAAAAGACUCUGCUAUUCAGGAUAUUCAAGAAAAAAGUUCUAAAGUAAAAAAUAAAGAAGAAAGUUCUGUUUCAAAAAAAGAAGAUACAAAAAAGGAUAAUAAAUUAAUGCCAAAUUUACAAAGAAAUGUAUCUCAAGAUAUUCAACAAAACAAACAAAUUACAAAAAAAAGUUUAAAAAAUUAUGAUUGGUUACCUAAAAUUGAUGAAGAUGUUGAUGUAGUACAGCCAUUGAAAAAAUUACCACAUCAGAGAACGAAUCACAAUACAUUAAAAUCAAUUCCUAUAAAGAUAGCUGACUUAUCUAAACAGAUUUCAUUGAAUCUACAUAAAGAUGAUUUAUCUCAAAAAAGUGAAUUGAAAAAACCUUUAAUAGUUGAAAUGCAUCGAAAAAGUAUAAAAACUGAAAAAGAACAUGUAUUGAACAUUGAAGAGAUCAAUUUUUCAAUUCCAUGUACAGCAGUCCAAUUUUUCAACGAUUGGCGUAAAUACCAAUCAUCUGAGAUCCGUUAUAAAUAUUUAAAACAAAUACCACCUGAACUUAUUCCAAGUAUUGUUCAAGAUGCGAUGGAAUUAGACAUUUUUAGUGAAAUUAUUUGGAUUCUAAAAACAAAAUUUAUUUCUAAUAAAGAUAGAGUAUUUCAAUAUUUGAAAAAUCUUAGUGAAAUAAAAAGAUUUAGUAUGUUAAUGAUGUUCCUCGAUAAAAAUAUAAAAGAAGACUUGAAGAUUUUAUUCGACUUCUGCAAUGAAUUUGAAGGAUAUACUGAUGAGUCAAUUGAGGAAUUUCGUAAUAAAUAUGAAAUUUAAAUUAAUUGUCUUAAUAAUUAUAUUAUUCUCGGCAUUUAAUAUAAAACCUUCAUUAAACCAGUUCAAUUUUUAAUAAAUUUUUCAAAAAUAA